AUGCCUGGCCUCGCGCGCAAACUUCUCAUAACUGCUGCCGUUGACGGCCUUAUCAUCACCGAGACCCGACCAGGUCGACCUGCCACAAAGAUUGCAUACAAGGACAACAGCAUUACCCCAGUUCUCAGGGAUGGUGUCCACAGUGAAAGCAGUGAGAAGGGAUUUGAGGCCUUUGGACUCGUCGGCUUGCUGACUGUAUCCAAAUCGUCUUUCUUGAUAAGCAUUGUCAAACGACAGCAAGUUGCGCAGGUUCAAGGGAAGGUGAUCUAUUGCAUUACAGAUGUUGCCCUGACCCCACUGUCCUCGAGGACCGAGGCAGAGCGAUCAAUAGCAAAUACCCGUGCAUUACUACAAAGAAACGACGGGGGCCGCAGCCCGGACGAAGGCGAUACGGAUGGCGAAGAGGCUAGCCUGUCUGCAAGAGUCGGUGAUGACGUUGAAGAUGAUGGCAUGGAUAAUAGUUCAGCCUCGAUAUUACUACCACACAGAAGGACGACCAGCGUAGCUGAGGAUGUCAUUGCACGCAAAGGGGGGUAUGGCAGAUUUGCUCAGAAGUGGUUCUCCAAGAAUGGAUGGACAGCGGAUCAGAGAAGGAACCUAGGAAUGACCAGUGCCGAGCCUAGUAUUGACAGUCCUGACACACCAAGCCCAGCUGAUUCACUUACUAAGGCGGCAGAGGAACAUGUUCAGGACAGUAAGUCGAGGGAAGAUUCUAUUGAUGUAGUAGAGUCUCUGCUGCCAAAAAUUCUACGUACAACACAUAUUCUUUUUGGCUCAUCACAGAGUUUUUACUUCUCCUACGACUAUGAUCUCACGAAGAGUUUUGCCAAUCGGACUAGGUCGAGAAACGAGGGUUCAUUGCACCCUCACGUAGACCCGACAUUCUGGUGGAACCGGCACAUAGUCCAGCCAUUUCUCGACGCUGGGCAAAGCUCGCUUGUGAUGCCUCUCAUCCAAGGUUUUGUUGGGCAGCAAGCUUUCGACAUGAACCAAAAUCCCCCAAAGUCCAUCGUUGGCUUGGACGGCGCUGCAAAGUCGUCGGUGGAAUUGGUCGAUCUUUCUGCAAAUCAUCAUAGCCAUCAGAUCUUGGAUCGUCCACAUGGCAGCAAACCAAUGUCGAGUGACGGUAGUACUUCUCACAAGUCAUUUUUGCUCACCUUGAUAUCGCGGAGAUCUGUUCAACGAGCCGGCUUACGCUACCUUCGCCGCGGUGUCGAUGAAGGGGGCUUCACUGCCAACAGUGUCGAGACUGAGCAGAUAUUAUCCGAUCCAUCGUGGAGUUCGUUGAAUAAAGUCUAUUCUUUUUUGCAAAUCCGAGGCAGUGUACCAGUAUUUUUCUCACAGUCGCCAUACUCGUUCAAGCCAAUCCCACAAUUGAUGCAUUCGGACGAAACAAACUAUAGAGCCUUUAGCCGCCAUUUCAGCUCACUCUCGGACAGAUAUGGAUCCAUCCAGGCUGUCUCAUUAGUAGAAAAGCAUGGUGCGGAGGCGAUUGUGGGAGACAAAUAUGAACUGUUCAUGAAACGAUUUAACGAUGAAUUCAAAAAGGAUGUCGGGUUUGAAUGGUUCGAUUUUCACUUGAUUUGCAGAGGAAUGAAGUUUGAAAAUGUCAGCUUCUUAAUGGAUAAGCUUAGUAAGAAGCUCGACGCGUUUGGGCAAACGAUUGAAGUCAAUGGAGAGAAGCUAUCCGAGCAAAGUGGUGUUCUGCGUACAAACUGUAUGGAUUGCCUAGACCGUACAAAUGUCGUGCAAAGUGCAUGUGGAAUGCGGGCUCUUGAGAGUCAAUUGAAAAGCGAGGGUAUAGACAUGAGUCUUCAGCCAGAUCAGACAACACAAUGGUUCAACACGGUAUGGGCCGACAAUGGCGACGCGAUUUCAAAACAGUAUGCCUCGACUGCUGCCCUGAAAGGCGAUUUCACACGAACAAGAAAGCGAGACUUUCAGGGUGCCAUAAAAGAUAUGGGUCUGUCCAUCUCUAGAUUCUACAGUGGCAUCGUGAAUGAUUAUUUCAGCCAAGUGGUGAUCGACUUUCUUCUCGGAACGGUUUCAUCUGUGGUCUUCGAGGAUUUCGAGGCCAACUUGAUGAGUAGUGAUCCCGGCGUGUCGAUGCACAAGAUGAGGCAAUCCGCUAUCGAGACAAGUCAGAAGUUGGUCGUCGCUGAUGAGCAUGAAGAGCUCAUUGGGGGCUGGAUUCUGCUUACACCACCAUCCCCGAACAGGAUCAAAUCGAUAUCCCUCGAAGAGUCCAUUAUUUUACUCACAGAUGCAGCCCUUUAUUCUGUCAGAUUUAACUGGGACAUGGAGAAAGUCUCCUCGUACGACCGAAUAGGUUUACAGCACAUAUCACGAAUCACAUACGGUGUUUACAUCACCUCAACUCUUUCGGCGGCCCAGGUAGAUGAACAACAUAACGUGGGAUUGGUCGUCAAGUAUAAGGCUGGCGCAGACGAUAUCACUAGGGUGAACACUCGAUCGAUGUCAAAUAUUCAGACACGCGCCGAAACGGAUUUUCAGGCCGGAAGUUCGAUAUCUGGGCCACAGUCAAUCUUCAAAAGUCUCACAGGAGCUGCGGCACCUGCAGCCUCAGAGCUCAAUGUUCUGGCACUCAAAGCGUUACCGGUGAGAUCGGCUGUGACUAGCAACGAGCCGCGACUUAAUGAAAUGGAACAGGUGAAAGGCAUUUGCUCUGAUAUCGAGCGGAUGAUUCUUCAUGGCCAAGUUGUGGAAGUCGGCACAGAACGGAAAAGCAUUGUCGAGAGCGGGGAUAUCAUAUCGCUUUCUGAAGCCAGGAAGAGUACAGGGCUUCUAGAGCAGCUCUCACAUAGUAUCAAGAAGCUCGUCUGGGCUUAA